UGACUCAGGACUGUUGUGGGGCUUUGGGGAACAUCUAAAAGAGGCUAAACUACUAUUUACACCUGGAGAAUAACAGGAACUAGAUUCUACUUUCACACUUGAUUAUUUCAGACCUUGGGUGUCUGUCUUAUAGGAUUCAUUUUACAGGCCUCGUUGAGUCCUUGGCCAAUAUACCGGAGGUGUUGUUUCCUGACACACAGGAGGUCAUGAUUCACAAAGACAGACAAGGGGGUGUUGGUGGUCGCCAUGGCAUCCCGAGCUCCAUGUCCCUGCACAGACAACACUCCAAACUCCCCCCUAAAGAGGUGUUCAACGACGUCAUGUACAUAGUGGGCGGCUGGACCCAGGAGGACCCCUCCUGCCCAGUGGAACAGUUCUACCCCCUGGAGAAUGAGUGGAAGAACAUGGCCUCCAUGGUCAAUCACCGUGGUAACGUGGCCGUGUGCGGCCUGUAUGGGAAGAUCUACACAGUGGGCGGGUCCGAUGGCGUCACCUACAAAAGCAAUGUGGACAGGUACGACCCACAAACUAAUAUCUGGAGUAACGACGUGACCCCACUGAGCAGCCCCCGCAGCGGAGUGUGUCUGGUGGAGAUGGAUGGAUACCUGUACGCCCUUGGAGGGUAUGACGGCAUGGUCUGCACCAACACUGUUGAGAGGUAUAAUCCCAAAAUGAACAGCUGGACGAAGCAGGCUCCGAUGCUGAGCCGGCGUUGUGGGGCAGCUGCUGCUGUGAUGGAGGGUCAGCUGUACGUGAUUGGAGGCAGUGAUGGAGACGUACCCAUGAACACAGUGGAGCGUUUUAAUCCCUUGGACGGGAUAUGGUAUGUGUGCCCCCCCAUGUUGACCGCUAGAGAGAACGCUGGCUGCUGUGUGUACCUGGGACGUCUGUUUGUGACCGGAGGACGGGAUGACCUCAACCUGGAGCUCAGCGCGGCAGAGAAGUUUGAUCCAGGCGCUCUACGAUGGACCCCCGUCAAACACAUGAGGUGCAAGAGGAACAACGUGUCCCUGAUAGUGUUCAACGGGUCGCUGUUGGCUGUAGGAGGCUCGGAUGGCGUGACCAAUCUGAAAACAAUAGAAGUAUACAACCACGAGUCAAACACAUGGAGACACUUUGGGAGCAUGAAGACCAAGCAUCCAGGAGGCCAUGUUGCCAUGUUGAACACAAAACAUGGUUACAGCCUGUAACUGGAUAUGGCGUUGAUGGACAAUAACUUAAGGAUUCAUCAUAUGUAUUAUGAUAUUAUUUAUUUCUGAUUUAUAAAGUGUAUGUCCAAGUAGUAAUCAUAACCACAAAUAUGAUGUAUACAAUUAUUUGACUAUGUAACAUAGGACAAUUACAGCGGGAAGCUGUAUGGAAUUUCUGCGACGGCAACUGACUCCUGUAAAUAGUGUUGCGCUUCUUCAAUAGAAAUUGUUUAUUGAUGGGUGUGUGCUGAAGGGAAAGGCAAGGAUGGGAACAUUGAAGGAUGAUUGAGAAAAGUCAUUUAGAAUGUGUAUGGCUGUGUCCCAAACGUCACCUUACCCAGCUAGCACAUUUGGUUCCUUGGAAGUUGUGGGAAUGUAUGUUUUUGGUUUUACAUUGGUCGUGGAAACGAAGCCAUACUUUUCCUGACAGGUAUAACUGAAAGCUUUUCAAAAGUUCUGAGAACAGAAGUAAAAAUGUUGCCUGUUCUGGGAACAUUUAUUUUUUUUGUUUGCAGGGAGGUUCUGACUGAGAAUGUUUUACUCUGGUUCCUUGAAUGUUUUUCUGGGAGGUUUUUAUUAAUGCUCUGAGAACAGAAAUUAUAGGUUAUUUGGAGAUUUUUGAAUAACUUCCUUAAACCUUUCAAUUAAUGUUUCAAUAAAACUUUAUAAAACUGAUAGCUUAUUUUGGUCAACUGCAUCCAGGGAGAAAGAUAUCUGUGAGAGAAAAAAAAAUGGUUUUAAAGGAAGAUAAGUGAGUGAUGGCUGAAUAGUUGGCAUGGGAAAGUUCUGAGUGGUUGAGAGGCUUUGAAAGUAAUAACGCAGGAAUCAUCAAGCAGUCCCCCCUAAGCAUUGACAAAAUAUCCAGCAUUUGAAGUAAUGUUGCUGUUUUCUCAAGUGUUGUACCAUUCAUUCAGUUCAGUCUCAGUGUCUUCUUUUUCACAGAAUAGGGUGUCAGGUAAAA